CGAUAAGUGUCAAAUACGCCAAUGCGCGUUAUAUGAGUCCGUAAAGGCAGUUUACCCAAAAGAUUUAAAGAGAGAAAAUUGAUGGGCUGCUGGGCUUUCAUAAUAAUGACAUCAGCCAACAAUAUAAAUAUCGCAACCCUAGACUUAAUGACAUGAGUUGACAUUAACACCGAAGAAUGGCUUUUUUACUUCGAGUUCUAAGCUUUCUUUUAGCUUUUUCUCUGGCUUUUUUACAAGUUGUUGAAGCAGAAGGCAUUUACAAAGAAGGUGAAGUCGUUCUCGGAGCCUUGCUUACCGUUCGGCAUAAAAAUUCCGACGAUUCCUGUGGGGCUUUGAAACCUCAAGGACUAGCUUACGUCGAGGCGAUGUUAUAUGCAAUAGAGUCCAUAAACAGAGACAACACGUUGCUGCCAAACAUCACGCUUGGUUAUGACAUCGUAGACAGUUGUGAUUCCCCUGCACUAGCCAACAAGAUGGCCUUUGAAUUCGUCACAAGGAAUCAAGCAACACAAGUUAGAUACGCUUCGAAUGACAUCAAGAACUUUAAGAAGUUCUUCGGAGAACUACGGAAGCCUGUUGCCGCUGUAAUCGGGACUGGAGACUCGAGUAGUUCCGUAGUUGUCGCUAGUAUGCUACAAGUUGGCAACAUCUCCCAGAUCAGUCCCUUUGCAACAAGCGAAGAGUUAAGUCUGCAGUAUUUUAAAACCUUUUUUAGGCCUGUUCCGCCUGAUAGCCAGCAGGCAAAAGCACUCGCAGAUGUUAUUGAUUACUUUAAAUGGAAAUAUGUCAUGGUAAUUGGAGUCGACACGUCGUACGGAAGGUACGGUGUUAUGGCCCUAGAAAAUGAAUCUCAGGAAAGAGGCACCUUUUGCAUAUCUGAAAUCUCAUAUUUUCCACCAUCGGGCUACCAGAACAAAAUCACAACAAUUGUAUCCAAAAUCAAAAGAGCCGAAAAUAUCAAAGUUCUCGUUCUGUGGGGUGGUCCAACCACCUCAAUACAUUUUAUACAGGAGGCAUAUAGACAAGGGAUUUACGGGAAAACAUGGCUAGCUCCAGAGGGAUGGUCAGAAGCGACACCUCUCUUUAAAGACCAGUACUUGCCAAUCAUUGGUGGAUUCGUUGGGACCAAACUUAGAAAUUACAAUCUGGAAAAUUUUUACCAACAUAUGCUCAAGUUAGAUUAUUCGUAUGAUAGAGUUCGUAACCAUACUUGGUGGAGAGAAUUUUGGAUGCAGGAAAAACAAUGCCAAACUGAAUCAGACUGUAAUUUCCAAGAGUUUCAGAUUUCGCCGAAAACUUAUAAUGACAUGUACACCGCAUACCUCGCCUACGUCAUCGAUGCUAUUUAUUCAGUUGCGCAUGCUCUUGACGCUAUAUACCGCUGUACUGAAAAGGAAAAUGUUGAAUGCCCUUCAACGAAACCGUUUCUAAGAGCGAAAGAGGUGUUACGAUAUAUGAGCGGGGUGGCUUUUAAGGGUACGACUGGUUCAGUUGAGUUUAAUAAGAAUGGGGAUUCUAUAAGUUCUGCUGCGUAUGAUAUUGUUAAUCUACAUCCGGGAACUAAUGGCCCAGAUUUGAAGAUCAUAGGGAACUGGGAUCGAGGUCAGGAGCAGAGGCUAAGAAUUGAUAACAGUAGUUUGUACUGGAACAAUGGCACCGACAAGAUUCCCUUGUCCAUUUGUAUAAAGCCUUGUUCUCCAGGUUAUAUGCAGACAGCAACAGUAGCAUGUUGUUGGAAGUGCAUAAAAUGUCCAAUCGGGUUUAUAAGCAAUUMUUACAGCUCUCCUAACUGCACAGAAUGCCCACUAGACAAAAUGCCCGACAGCGAACAACGAAGUUGUAUCGAUUUGCCCGAAGUGAAUGUCACAUUUUACGACACACAAUCGAUUGCUAUUCUGAUUGUCGCUGGGAUUGGGUUUCUAGCCGUCCUGUUUGUGCUUGGUGUAGGAAUUCGCUACAGGUCAACACCAAUCGUCAAGUCUUCUAAUCGAGAGAUGAGUUUUUUAUUCUUAUUUGGCAUCGUCGUUGGGAUCAUUGCAGGCGUGAUUCAACUCGCAAGACCAACAGAACUCAUCUGUUACUUCCUGAAUCCACUUCAUGCACUUUACUACACCCUCUGUCUAUCGAUUCUUCUCGUCAAGACGAAUCGCUUGGUUAAGAUAUUUGAAUUCAGCUUUGUUACCUCAAAUAUUGGGCAGCUCUGCAACAGCAAACACAGCCAGUUCCUGAUUCUUUUCUUACUGAAUGGCAUCGCUGGUGCAAUGGUAACAAUAUGGCACGUCUUUGACCCACCAUUUGUUUAUGUAACCAUUGAACCCUUACGAUGGAAGCACCUUGGCUGCAGUGACCAUAAAGAGACCCUUGGUUUAGCCCUCCAGGGUACUUUAUAUGCAUACCAGCUUGCCCUAUCAGUAUUAUGUGCCUACUACGCAUUUAAGGCCCGCAAUUUGCCGGCAAACUUUAGCGAGGCACGGUAUAUUGCCUUUGCAAUGUAUAUGCAGCUAAUGUGUACGAUAUGUUAUGCGACUCUCCAAAACAGCGUCGAAGGGAACUUUCUAACCACAUUCUCAUCUGCAAUAGUGGUAUUAAGUUCGUUCGGAUUUCUCAUCUGCAUGUUUGCUCCAAAAAUAUACAUCAUCUUGAAAUUUCCAGAGAAGAACACUUCGGAAUACGUAAAAGCCUUAGUCGCAAACCACUCUCUCGACAGAAACUUUUCCCAUGUAAGUGUGGUGGGAAGAUCAAAGUUUGCAUCAAGCGUCGCAAAAGCAAAAUUACAAACUGAGACCCAAACGUCUUCAAUGUCGAACAUCUCGAGCGGUGAUGGGGAGAGAGGUGACUCUAAAAAGCUGAAAACGCUAUCAGUAUCAUUUCAGGAUAUUGUCGAAGAGGCCUGGGACAACCACAAAACAUCGGCCUGCGCUUUGAAAAAUAACGACGUUGCCAAAGAAACGCUGCGCGAUGAAAACGGAGCUUGUAUUUCAGGGAAUGAAAGCCCAGUCAAAUAUAAUGGUAUAACCAGAGAAGCACCACCCAAUCAAGUCAAGUCAAGUCAAGCUAACAUUUAUGCUGACACAGGAAGCCCAAUAAAGUCGAGUGGCAAAGAAACUAAGUCCAAUCAAAAUCGAGGGUACAUUAAUUAUGCCAACACAGGAAGCCCAAUUAAGUCGAACAGCCAAAUCAAAGAUGCCCAGACCAACGUAAAUGGUGUGUACAAUAACUGUGCCGACACAGGAAGCCCAUUAAGGUCGAAUAGAGUAACCAUGGAAACAAAAUGCCAUCAAAAUCAAGCGGUUUUUGAACACAGUGGGACAGGAAGCCCAACAAAACUAAAAUCCAAAAUCGACGAUACACCGGAAGUUUGGAUGAAGCAAGAUAAGACAGGUAGUCCAAUCAAGUUUAGUGGAGUUAAUGAGGAAAUUGAGAAUAAACGCGAGACAAUGAAUAAUACACCUCUAGAGGAGAAUCAAAUUCAGGAAGUAAACAAAAUGAAUAUUUACGAAACUUGCCUGUAAUUUGUCCUCCCAAGCUUCUUUACACUGCUGUAAACUUGCCAUUCAAAUUCCACUGGUUAAAUGAGGCGAUAGCAACCUAAAAAAGAAACCAGAGUGUAUCAGUAGUUCUCAUACUCAUUAACAAUUCAUGAGACAAUCAGCCAAUCAUUGGGCUAUUUUUGGGUCACAUGUUGUUACUUGAAACCUGGUAAAGUCCUGUGAAAGGAUUAAAUUCAGUCUGUUGUAACUGGAGCAAAAUUAAUUUAGUCCUGGCUGCGCCUCGGACUGGAACUAAUUGCUUGGACUUGAAAUCUCGUCCAGUCAUCAUUGUCGACUUUGAAAUAUUACGUAGAAAUUAGACUGGGAUUUAGCUUCGACACGAGGGCCGCCUAAGAUUCGCCAUUCUCAGUGUUAGGAAAAAAACAGGGUCUAUUUGGAAUCGUGCAGUGCAAGUUGGGGCUGUUUUACAUAAUUAAUUCCAAGAUGGUGUCUAUUUUGUCCUUUAAGACAGUCCCACAAUGCAUUGCCAUGCCAACUCGACCCAGUCUUACCCUCGACCUCGGAAAGACCUUAUUUUAUUUUAUCUUUUUAAAAGGCUUUAUUUGUAUUUUCUUCUUCUGCUGGUCAGAAAAAUGAACAUCAAUUACUUCAGGAAAAACAUUUCUUUUUACAAGAAAUUUGACUUCAGAAACGCACGAAUGAAGUUUGUAUAUAAUAUUGAUUAAAAAGGGCUAGCUUAAGAGUAUAUAUUAAUCUUAAAAAGAUUUUAAAGAAAAUAUUGAUAGCUUUGAGUUUUUUUAGAGGUUUGGACAGAACUCUCUGUUCUUGCUGCUGAAAGAGACUGCGCAUGCUCGUAGUGUAUUACCAAUCAUAUGUUUUCAUUGGCUUCAUUUGUUGAUCUUUUUUUUUUUUAUGGAGACGUUUCAUCAGUUGUAUGAAUGCAAGGUUUCUUCUCAAGUCUGAGCAGUGAAUACAAAAUGCACUAAUACUGUGUUUGGGCAAUAAGUGGUUCAUUGUUAUAAUAAAGAAAUUAGUUCGCUUGUUAAAAUCCUGCAUUAGGAUUGGCAGCAUU